AUGCAGGCAGGCGCCGGAAUGACUGACUAUUACGACACCCUGGGGGUUUCACGCAACGCCGACGAAAAGGACAUCCGGCAGGCGUAUCGCCGGCUGGCGCGUCAGCACCAUCCGGACGUGAACCCGGGCGAUGAAAGCGCGGCCGAGCGGUUCAAGAGCAUCAACGCCGCCUACGAGGUUCUAUCGGACGCGGACAAGCGGACCAAGUACGACCGCUAUGGCGACCGCUGGGAGCAGGCCGAGCAUUUCGAGCAGCAACGCGGCGCCGGACCUUCCCAAUUCUUCCGAGGAGGCAAUUUCGGCGGAGGCAGCGGCGGGUUCAACUUCAGAGCCGGCGGCGCAACCCUGUCGGAUCUGUUGGGAGGCAUGGGCGGGUUCGCCUCUGAAAUGGGGGGCAAUGCCGGCGACCGGAACCGGUCGCGGCCGGCAGACGUGAAAGUGGAAAUCACGCUGGAGGAGGCCGACCGGGGGACGACGCGGCUGGUGAGCCUGCCCGACGGGCGUCGGCUGGAAGUCAGGAUACCCGCCGGGAUCGUCGACGGCGGACGGGUGCACAUCGCGGCGGGCAGCAACGCCGGCGGGGAGUUCAACCUGCUGGUGUCGGUGACGCCGCACGGGCGGUUCGAGCGCCAGGGCGACGACCUGCACACCACCGUGGACGUGCCGCUGGUCGACGCGGUACUGGGCGGGAUGGCGACGGUGAUAACACUGCGCGGGCAGAUCGAGCUGACGCUGCCGCCGGAAACGCAGAACGGGCGCCGCUUCCGCCUGGCCGGCCAGGGCAUGGCCCGGCUGAACGACCCGGAGAAGCGGGGCAACCUGUUCGCGGUGGUGAACGUGUCACUGCCGACCGACCUCACGGACGAGCAGCGGGGCCUUUUCGAGCAGCUGCGCGAAGCGGGACCGGGAGCAGAGCAAUGA